AUGGCUACAGGAGGAAUGUACGGCGCCAUCGAGCCCUUCUCGGGAAAGUCCUGGGCGUCAUGGAUCCAGCGCGUCAACUUCUACUUUGUGGCGAACGACAUCAGCAACGAAGAGAAGAAACGGGCCCUCCUCCUCACGCUAUGCGGCGCGGACACUUUCGAGACUGCGUGUGCGCUGGUCGCGCCGAAAACCCCUGGAGAGGUCAGCUUCAGCGAGCUGGUCACACUUCUCCAGCGGCAUUUCGAUCCGAGACCAUCGGAGCUUUACGGCCGGUACGUGUUCCAGCGACGAGACCAAAACCCCGGCGAAUCGAUAAGCAGCUAUGUCGCAGCCCUCAAGAGUUUGACAGUGGACUGCAACUUCGGUGUGCUAGCGGCUACGCCUGCAACAUCGACAUCGUCAGGGGGAAGUCAAGAGCCCGUUUCACAACGGAACCCAACAAUGCUGCCACAGGACGUAAUGCUGCGAGACAGAUUCGUUUGCGGAAUCCGCGACGAACAUCUCCAACAGCGCCUCUUUGCAGAAAAGGAGCUGACCUUCCAACGUGCUUUGGAUAUAGCCCUAUCAGCGGAGAGUGCAUCAAGGCAGCAGCGGGGAAUUAAAGCGGCAACGAACUCCGGAGAGAUCAACAAGGCUACUCCCAACAAGCAGGAAGACAAAAAAACGCCUUCCCGACGCCGUUGCUACCGAUGUGACGGCUGGCACGACCCUUCGACGUGCAAAUUCAAAACAGCAGAGUGCCGUUUUUGCGCCAAAGUGGGCCAUAUCGGAGACGCCUGCAUUGCACGCAAGAAGCAAGAAAAGGAAGCACGCACACACACCAGGCAACAAACGCACAGUGUCAACCCCCUACCAUAUGACGAAACUGUAAGCAGUGAUUCCAUGUACGAGCUGCAUGCAGUAAAUGGGCGCACACACUGCCCCAAGUUCCUGGUAGACGUGGAAGUAGAGCAAAAAUCCCUGCAAUUUGAAGUUGACACGGGUGCCGCACGCUCCCUGAUAAGUGAGGAGACCUACCACAAAGCGUGGCCAGGGAACGCCCCCCAACUUUCAAGGGAGCCACUCGACUUGCGCACUUGGUCGGGAGAAGAACUGCGUGUUCUGGGAACCGCACAUGUUCGGGUGAAGUUUAAGUCAGACGACUGCGUGCUACCGUUGCUGGUGAUGAAAGGAGCGGGAUGCAACCUCUUGGGACGGGACUGGUUCGCGCCUCUCCAUAUCCAGGUCCACGGAAUCAACCAUUUGGAACAUCCAACAGAUGAGAUCAGGGAAGUCAUCUCUCGACACCCAGACGUGUUCAGAGAGGACAUUGACGGCUACACAGGCCCCUUGAUUCACCUGGAAUUGGAAGAAGACGCAAGCCCCAAGUUUUGUAAGGCUCGUCCUGUGCCUCUUGCCCUGCAGGGGCCUAUGGAAGAUGAACUUGAUCGCCUGCAACAUCAGGGCAUCCUCUCACCGAUACAGCAUUCCAACUGGGCGACACCGCUAGUCCUCGUUCGGAAAAAUGAUGGAACAUUGCGUGUGUGUGGUGACUACAGGAGCACUGUUAACGCAGCGGCGAAGAAGGCCUCCUACCCUCUUCCAACUACAGCGGAGGUGUUCGCGAAUUUGCGCGGCGGAACCCUCUUCUCGACGUUGGAUUUGUACCAAGCCUACCAACAGCUGAAGGUCGACGACGAAACAGCAGCGCUCCUCACGGUGAACACGACCAAGGGACUGUUUAAAGUGAAUCGGCUACCGUUCGGAGUAUCCGCCGCACCUGCCAUCUUCCAGCGCAUGAUGGAGGUAACACUGGCCGGAAUUCCCGGGGUGAGUGUUUACCUUGAUGAUAUUAUUAUCAGCGGGAAAGAUGCUUCUGAGCACGCACAUCGUCUUGACCAGGUUUUAACAAGGCUAAGCGAGAGAGGCCUACGCCUGAAGAAGGAUAAGUGCCACUUUGGCAUCACGUCAGUUGAAUUCCUGGGACACCGAAUUGACGCCAAUGGGGUGCACGCCACCGAGAGCAAAAUCGAGGCCAUACUUCGGGCACCACAACCAACUGACAGAACAUCUCUCCGAGCUUUUCUGGGGUUGAUAUCGUUUUACGACCGCUUUUUAAGGAACAGGGCAAAUGUCGUAGCCAAGCUGUACAAACUGUUAGAGAAAAAUACGCCCUGGAACUGGAAAUCGGAGCACGAAACCGCCUUCGAGGAACUGAAACAUAUGGUCCGCACUUGUACAGUACUGGCUCAUUACGAUGAAACCAAGCCCCUUCUUUUGUCCGUAGACGCGUCACCGUACGGUAUCGGUGCGGUGCUGGCUCAGGAAGACGCUCUUGGCCGAGAGGCACCCAUAGCAUUCGCUUCGCGAACAUUGGGAAGCGCGGAAAAGAACUAUUCCCAGCUUGACAAAGAAGGAUUGGCGAUAGUAUACGGUGUCAGCCAUUUUCACAAGUACAUCGCUGGUCGGCACGUAACCGUAAUGACAGACCAUCAGCCACUGAUUGGUAUCAUGGGCGAAAAGAAACAAGUGCCGUCGGUACUAUCGCCUAGAAUGACUCGCUGGUGCCUCAAGCUAGCCACCUAUGAUUACAAUUUGGUGUACAGACCAGGCCAAAAACACCAAAACGCAGACGCUCUCAGCAGACUCCCGCUGCCAGCACAGGUCGAUGAGCCUUAUCCGCCAGGAGACGUGCUCAUGUUGGUUUCCACGCCAAGCUUUGAACUAGCACCAAACCAACUUGCUGAAAUGACCCGACAAGACCCAGUGUUGUCUCGAGUGAAAGCAGCUGUCGGAAGCGGCGAAUUGCGCAAGCUUGCCAAUGAAGGGUUUGCAGCAUACAGAAAGCUCGGGGUCGAACUCUCUAUUCAGGAGGGCUGCCUUAUUAGGGGCUGCAGGGUGGUCAUUCCUGCAAAAGCGAGAAAGUGCGUGUUGGGCCUGGCCCACGAAAACCACAGAGGAAUUGUCGCCAUGAAAGCCUGCGCUAGAAGUUACUUUUGGUGGCCAGGUGUUGACAGCGAUAUUGAAGAGGUGGCAAGAAACUGUGUAAUAUGUCGCCAGCACCAAAAGGCACCAGGCAAGGCACCCAUGCCUCAGUGGGAGCGCGCAACGACACCUUGGCACACCAUUCAUGCGGACUUUGCUGGCCCUGUGGAGGGGAGGAUGUUGCUAGUGGUGGUCGAUGCGUACACCAAGUGGCUGGAAGUGCGCUGCAUGCGCAACAUCCAGACUACCACAUUGAUCGAAGAAAUGCGAAACCUUUUCGCAACGUUUGGGCUCCCCAAAAAGCUAGUGACGGACAAUGGCCCGUCUUUUGUUUCCUCAGAAUUUGAGGACUUUUUAAAGAAGAACGGGGUUACACAUGUCACAAGCGCCCCCUAUCAUCCCGCCACUAAUGGCCAGGCAGAGAGGAUGGUGUCCGAAACAAAACAGGCGUUAGCCAAGAACCAAACAGGAACGUUUGCAUGCAGGCUGGCGCGGUUCCUACUUAAGCAGCACAGCACCGUAUCAACGGCAACGGGCAAAACACCAGCCGCAUUAAUGUUCGGGCGCGACAUUGUCACCGCGCUCACAAAACUCCAGCCCCAGCCGCCUGAGGAAACACCCUCGAACGCCAGGGGGUACAACUCCGCGAGGGAAAUUUCUGUGGGGCAGUCCGUAUUCAUCCGGAAUUUCGUCGGCAGCCCUGCAUGGAUGGAGGGAACGGUGACGGAGAGGCUCGGACACAGGUCUUGGAUGAUUAAAUGUGAAACGGGAACGUUUCGAAGGCACCUAGACCACAUAAAACCCGGUGUCGACAAGAGUCAGGCGGAAAGCCGCAUAGAAAGCGAGCACGGAGAGCAACUCGCAAUAACAGGGCAAGCUACCGUGCCGGCCCCGUACAUGCUGGAUCCACCAGCAGAUUCCCCUGUGUCAUCAGGGUUCAGCCUAACAGAAGAACCAGGGCCACAACAACCAGCGACGCAGCCGGACACGACACCGACAUCACGUCCGCAACGACAUCGCCAGCCCCCAGACCGCUACGGGGACUCCAUCUAA